AUGGGCUCAGAGUCCAUCUUCAAAAAGCAUGUGAAUGUGAGUGUGGCCCUUCCCAUCCACAUCGUCAUUAUAUUUAGGCUGGGCAAGUUGAAUGGCCUGUCCCUCCCCCGCCUGCACUUCCACCUCUUCUGCCAGGUGCAUGGUUACUAUGGGAACAGCCACUUUGCAAACUAUGACCUUCCCCUCUGGCUACAGUUGAUUGGUCAAUCGGAGUAUAUCUCUGUGAUUUUUGGAUGUGGGACUCAGAGGGAAAAGGUGAGUGCGGGACGCGCGCGGAAGGUGCGGCCUCUGAGUAGCGGCCCGCAGGCGUGCUGGGCAGCCCGGCUGGCAGAGGCGGCGCCCGGUUUUGGAAGCUGCAGCCGAGACGCCAAGGAGACUCCGAACGCAAGGAGCGAAGCGUGGCGGCCGGGGAGGGUGGGGCCGCCCAGAAAUCCCGGCGGCGCCAGCCGGGUAGCUUCUGCGGGCCGGGGGCGCGCACACGCGAGGCACGUGGGUGUGGAGCAACCCGCGCAGCUGGGCCUCCUUCCUGCGGCGCCGCGGCGACCGGGUGCCGGCGCUGGAGGAACCGCGGGUGGGGCGCCCGCCCCGUGCAGGCGCCCCCCGCAGCCCCAGCCCGGCACCCAGCUGACAGGCCAGGGGCGGGGACCGCACCGAGGCCCGGCGCCUGGAGGCGCUCUCCGCGCGCCUCUCUUCCCCGUUGCGGGCGGCCUCCUUCCCGCGCCGGUGCGGGAAGCCCGGCGGCUUUGUCCGGGGAUGUCUGGGAGCGCUGGCGGGGACGAAAGGGCUUCCCUGCCUGCCACACCCUGGCAUGGGGGAAAGACUGGGAUGGACAGAGCCUGGUGGGAGCGCCGAGGGGCUCGGAGAACUGCACCCGCAGCCGAGCUCCGGAGACUGGCUCCGGGGACCCGCGAGGGCCGACCCCAGAGGCAGCUUUCUAUGGCCCUAAGACGUGGUCACUCGAAACCCACAGUCCUCGGCUUUUUGCUACGCAAACCCGGGAGGAUGCCACCGGAGGACGCUGAAGGCAAUGUCUCAGUGGCCGCCCGGCGCCGGUGAGACGGCCGCGCGAGCCGAGUGGGGACGAGCCUCGCGUCCCCCUCCCCAGGCGAGCGGGUCGGCCCUGCACGGACACUUGGUCUCUCUCUCUCUCUCUCUUUCUCUCUCUCUCUCUCUCUCCACCCCCUCUCUCCCUCUCCCCCCCUCUCCCCCUCUUUCCCUCUCCCCCUUCGGGUAUCGCGCAUUUUCUCAACAGAGCGUGACCUGGUAGACAAUGAAUCGAGAACCCGCCUGCCCUUGUCCGAGCUGCCUCCCGACAUCUCUGCCCUUCACCGUGGCGGGCGCUGUGUGGGCACUUGGACCGCCCCGGUACCUCGGUCCCCAGCUCCCUACUCCCCGAGCGGCGGGAGAAGGACCUUUCCGAGUUACCUGACUCAGGUUCGAGGCCGUCCCCCUCGCUCUGCUUCCCAAGGGCAGAGUCCAUGAAAGUCCGAAGCAUCUGUGCCACUCACCUUCCCCCAUGCGGGGCGACCCCCUGCGCGCGCGCGCGUAUGUGUAUGUGUGUGUGUGUGCGCGCGCGCGCGCGCGCGGUAAGCAUUUAACAGCACAAAGUAAAUUCCCAGACGUGCAAGACAAAGCAUUUCAGGCAAAGAUGGUCCAGCGUUCUAGUUUAAAAAAACCACCAACAACAACAACAACACAGACACACACGCAUCUCGAGGCACUGAGUCAGUGCUCGCCGCCUGCCUCGGCUUCUGGAGCGUCCGCAUCCCGGUGAAGGAUUUUAACUGCAUCUCCGCCAGAUCCGCAGAUCCGCUUGGAAAUUACCUCCUCUGGCGGUGCCGCAACAAGUGGUCCCGCCGCCUACCCUGCGCUACAGCUUCCCGGUCCCCAGUCGGCCGGAUGGGGGUGAAUGCGAGGAGGAAGACUGCUGAUUUUCGAUUGUGAAAAUGCUGUCUGCGUCCUGUGCGCUGCAAUUCUCUUGUCACAAUCAACCUUUUAAUGUGGUGGUAUCAUUAACACCUGGAAAUGUAAAACUUACCCAUCUUCCUAUUAAAGAGGUGUUGAUUUUUAA